ACCACUAUGGCCCUGUCCCAAAUGGCACACUCCGGACUUGUUGUCCUCCUCAGAGUCCACACUAUGAUGACAUCAUGUAGUGCAGACUUUAGAGACCCUUGAUGGGUGCACCGGAGUCAUAUUUUGGGACAGACUUGAGCGCAUGCUGGAAAUAGUAAGAGAAGUUGCUCGUCAGUGUGAACUCCUUCCUCUGAUUGGUCUGAUUACUCUUUCGCAAGGACUUCUGGGUUGGUAAAGUGCACGAAGCCUGCUGCAGUGCAGGCUUCGCCGAAGACCGUAUUAAGGGGGCAAAGGGGACGCUGAUGAGCACACUUCGAAAUGACAGAUGGGACACCCUACGGACUCGUAGACUAAGCGAGAACGCGCAAUUUAAGGCCACGAGACCGAAAGUCCACAUGAAGUGCACCAUUUGGGACAGGGCCAAUAUCACUUAACUACUCCACUAAGGUGUCGGCCAUCUUGAAAAAUGGCCGCCAUCUUGAAAUUUCAAGUUGCUCUGACAAUUUUCUUGGCAAGUGACCCAUGGAGACUGCUCAUGCCAAUUGUCACACUUGUAUCAUAAACUGAACAAUUCUGCCAAACAUAAGCACUUAGCCGCUCCACUACAAGGCUUGUUUGAGCUGCAGCUUGCCUCGCCUGAAAUAUAGGCGAGAAUAGGUGGCAACAGUGAGGAGAAGAGUGAAAAAAGUGCAGGCAAGCCGGACACUUCAUGAAUCUUGCGGUGUUGUGGACUGCAAAGUCAGCAAUGGAAGAGAUUGCGUUCUCGUAUUUUAUCGCGGAUUAAAUAGAUGCAAUUGAAAUACCAACAAAUGCAUUUACAUUAAGAUGUUUAUAAGGAGAAUCAACAAAGGUGAACUUUACUGGAAAAGGCUACUUAGUAAAUGUUGGGAUGUAAGUCUAGUGCUAAAACAAAUUAGUUUCUGUGUAAAAUAUAAACAGCUUACAGAACAAAUAAUUCAACACCAAUACAAAAGUUUAAAGGAAUUCAUUAAAACGGUAAAUGUCAUAAGUCAAGAACAAGUUAAAUAAAUAUUAAAACUAUUAAGAAUUAAGAAGUCAUCAGCUGACAUCCCUGGGCCAAUGAGCAUUAAGCUUGGCUGCGUUCGAAACCGCAUACUGUUCAGUAGGUACUGAAUGAGAUGAAGUACUUACUGACUGUUAAAAGAGUAUACUGUAUAAUAUGAAUCCUAGUAGUAUGAAUGCGAUUUGGACAUACUACAUCCGCCAUGUUGAUACUUCACGUGACAUACGUUGUCAUCACGUCAUGUCAUACCAGCGCGAAAACGGCCACAUCGCUGCUUUCGCCUUUUUUCUUCGUUGCAUAACUCAGCUUGUGGGGCAUCAUGGAAUAGUGAAGUGUCCAUCGUAUGCACGCUUUGAAAUCUAACCAGAAAUAGUACGUCAUCUGGGUACUUUUUGCAUACUGUUUUUGGAAUACUACGUAUUCGGACAUACUACUCGCCUCAUAUACUGCUUUUCGCCUACUAUAUUGUAUGAUAGUAGGGGGUUUCGAACGCAGCACUUCCAGCAGUGUCAUCCGUCUUUUCCCAUUUUGCUUUUCGUCAACACAGUGGGUGGAGAGCAACUGCGCCCGACUGCAGAAUCCGACGAUAACGCCUCGCCAUCGCGAGAGUUUUUGGGCACACGUCAACGUGACAUCAGAGCAAGUCAGUCCUAUAUAGUGUCGGACACUUUUCUUACCAGUAUGCAUCUCGUGACGUCCACCAGUGAUUGAUUUUGCGCAGAAUUUGCAAAGAGCCUAUUCAGAUAGCGAGAUACUUCCUGGCUCCCGCGUCACCCUGGCUGCGUUCCAAUACAGUUUUAGACACACACUCGAAAACUUCCCUGAACACUUCCUCUCAGGGGAAUCCCUGUUGCCGUUUGGAAGUGCGUCCCUCUUCAUCAAGUGGACGAGGGAAGUUUAUAUGGACAGACCCUCGCUCCCUUGAGCGAGUCUACUUCAUAUGUACACUUCAGGCAUCUCCAUAUACCACAAUGGAGCAACGACGUAAAUUGAGUGAACGAGACUGACGGAAGUUAGCGAGGGAAGGUCAUAAAAAACGAACUGGAACGCAGGGCAAGUCUUUGUCAUUAACCCUCACCAUUGGUUGAAUUUGAUAUACACAUUCAGACGCACUUACCCCUGGAAGCGUCCACAAAGUGUCACCGCAUUAAUUCAGACUCAUAAAAACAAUCCUUUUUAUGCCAAUUUAAUGUAACAGCUAAAAUAAUGUCCUGCUUAGUAUCUGAUAAGACAAAUUGCUGAGGGUUUAGAGAGACCAAAAGAGGUGGGACUUGGAUUUCAGUUCUAUAUAUUUAGCUAAAAAGUCCCCUGUGAAAGAAGAAGUGAGAGAAAGAUAAGUCUCAGAACAAGCAGGAUGAUAAAGCUUCAGAGCAUCACACUAACAGUUUGAAGAAACCAAGGAAAUGUGUUUGUUUAUACAGCUGGAUUUAGAAGAUUCUACACUAUGGGUGUGUAUGGAUCAAAUGGCUUGUCUUUGUUCUGGGUCUGGAGAUUUGCAUUGUGUUUGAGUACCUGCAAUGUCGUGUUUGCUCUUAUAAAUAAACAGUGCUUUACCAUCGAGGAACAUCUUCUCAGAGACAUGCCCAAGACAGCACACUGUCACGGUUAUUCAGGAAAGGGUUUCUACGCAGACUGCAACAUUACUGACCUACGCAAAGAUCUUUCAGAGGUCACCCCACAGGUUAGAUCACUUUGUAUCUCCGGUGACAUCAAAAGCAUACCUGCCAAUGCCUUGGCAAACUUUCUUAAUUUGGAAGUUCUUGAAAUUAAUGGGUAUAACUUGAUGAGUAUCAGGAAUGGUGCUUUUUCAGGUCUUACAAACCUGAAGUAUUUGUGGAUGCUAUUCACUGAUGGAGAAGAGUGUAGUUCUGUCGCCAUGGACAGCCUUGCAUUUGCUGGUUUGGCUAAUUUAGAGGAACUGUCACUGAUAGGUGUUAAGUUACCAAAUGUAUCAAGCAGUCUAUUUGAUCCAUUGACGAAGAUUAAUAAAUUAAAAUUGUCCAGGAUUUGUGAACAGGACCUUGGUGUUGUUUUUUGUUACCUUCCCAUUGGGAUGUCCCAUCUGAAGGAUCUAGAGGUGACAGACAGUUUUAUUUCAACUAUCACAGACAAUGGAUGCUCAGAUGGGUCAAGGACAUGGCCAUCGAAUGUUCUUGCUGGAAUUCAGAAUCUUGACUUAACAGGAAACCCAAUCAAAGUCAUACAAGCCCACUCGUUAUUAGCGUUCCAGAACCUCUCCAGUUUAAUGAUUGAGUUUAGAGGGGAAUGGCUGGGCAAAAUUUGGGAAUCUGGGAUCGGACAAGUCGGUGAUUUGUGUUUGAGGGGUCAUGUGAUGUAUAAAUACUCUACAAAUGUCAGUGAGUUGUGUCACCUCAUCUCCCGCCUCAGGCCUCAUUCCCUCAGCUUCCUUUACAUAAAAAUCGACAGAUGGACGGCAGAGGAUUUAAAGGAUUGUGGCACAAAAUUGAGAGAGUUAGAUUUUGAAAAUUCAGAGGUGAUUGACAUGGACUUUGGCUUUUGGAAAGAAAAACCAGAGAUACAGACACUGAUGAUGGCCGAUAUGAAGUUAAAAGAAGCUCCAUUUUGUGAUGCUGCAAAUGGAACUAUAUGGUCCUUAAAAACACUUGACCUCUCUAGAAACUUCAUGACAGAUGUAAAAGGAGACCAGUUUGCUUGUAUGCCUCUUCUUGAAAAACUUGUUUUGAACAAUAAUGCCAUUAAAACACUGAUGCCUCAUGCUUUUCGAGGUUUUCAACAUUUGAAAAUUCUUGAUCUUGGAACAAACAAUAUCUCACAGCUUAGUCUAAAAGAUUUCAGAUACUUGAAGUCUUUGGAGAUCCUCCUCAUUAAUGACAACAUUAUCAAAAAGAUUGAGGAUGGGACCUUUCGCUACCAGCAGGAGCUUCGUGAAUUGGAAUUUGGCAAAUUGGAAUAUGUUUACACAUUGCAUCUGGAUAAGAUUUUUACUCGAUUUCCACCGAAAAUGCAGCGCCUAAAUAUUGAUGCGCAUUAUGGAACAACUUUUUAUGAGGAUUUGUAUGCGACACCGCCCGAGGGGAUGUUUGAUCUGGAGUUAAUUGGAGACAGAUUGGCAUUUUUAAACUGUAAUAGCUCUGUUUACAGAGCUGUUCGAGAGCUAAAGGUCACUUGUAGUUUUAUAAUAUGCGUAAGUGACUUCAUGAUACCUUAUUUCCCAAACCUGGAAUCAUUCGAGAUGGUCAAAAACUCAGAAACACCUUUUAUGAAGUACGGGGCAAUUAACAUUCUGCACCGUCUGAAGCGUCUCAAGCUUAUCAACCUGAAUUUCAUAAAUCAUACAGAUGCUGAAAUUGCCUUCCAGAACCUGAGGCAACUCCAGAUCCUUGUACUGGUAAACUGCCGUCUCAGCUUCCUGACCAAGAGUAUGUUCAAAGACCUGAUAUCUCUGCAGCUGUUGCGUCUCUACAGCGACAGUCCUCUAGUCCUGGUUGAUGGCCUGUUCGAUGUUUUGCCAUCACUAUCAGUCUUUGUUUUGGAUAAAGUGAACUUCCAGUGUGAUUGUGAAAGCGCAUGGAUUCUUGACUGGGCGGACAGCACCAAACAAGUGCAGGUGAUCUACGCACAAAAGCAGGAAUGUACCUGGUACUAUCAGAAACGCAACUUUUUGGCAACCAUGAAGAAAUUGUGUCAGACUGACACGCAGUUUGUGUGCUUUGUAGCCACUGCUACCACUAUUUGUUUGAUGAUGUUCCUGGCAGUGGGAUAUCACUUCACUCCCUGGCCCACCGUGAUCCUCUAUUUCCUCCUUUUAUGGGACUAAUCUGCUGAUGUUGUCUUAAUGGUACAACAAUUUAAUGUUACAAGUUCUGGCACAAAUUUAAAAUGUAUAUGACUGGGUAUAUUAAUCAGAGUAGCGUAGUUUUAUAAUAAGUUUGAGAGUUACAAACUAAUCCCCCAGGUCUAAUUUGUAGUGCUAUGCAUUUUCUCUUUCAUUUUCAGUAGUUCACACAUGUUUGUUUUUUUAUGAUAUACUUGCCUAAUACAUUGCAUACAAAUACUGAAUGUAAUUGUUUUGAGAAUAUGUUUGAGUGUUUGUUUUGUUAAGCCCAUCCUGCUUAAAUUAUUUUGACCCAGUGUGUUUGAUUUGACUGCGUUUUUAUUGUUUGCUACUGUUAUUUAAAAGAUUCUGUAAAGAAUAUGUUUAGUAAAUAAUAUGCCUAUGUUGACCUGACUUUUUUAAUUGAGGAGAAAUGCUGUAACCAAACAAAUCCUUGAAUGAAAAUGCAAGUUCAUCUUUCCUUUUGUGCAGGUCAGUAUAUGAAUAAAGAUUUCCUUUUGUGUGUAAUUAAAUACAAAUAUCAGUUCAGAAGUCCUUAUAGCAUCUAUCAAACAAAUUAUAUACAUUGUCUGACAAAACUUGUCUCUUGUCAACCUCUCUGUCGGGCUUUUACAGAUCCACUGCUGAGUUGAUCAAUCCACUAUAUUUAAGGUACUUUUAGAGGUUUGCACAAAGCACUAAAUUGUAAUGUGUGUUUUUUUUUUUAGUUCAACACUGAUUAAUUAUAUGUCAAUUUUUUUUUAUUUUCUAUGUGUUAGCUGGUUAAUCUGUGAUAUGUGCCAUGUAUUGCAACUGGGAUGCAAAUAGUUUUUGUCUUUUCUGCUUUGAAACCUUCACAGAAUAAACAAAGGCACACAGUUAUGCAUUCUGUGUUUUUUUUACAAACUUUUCUUUCUUUAGACAUGUUUUUAUAAGUUUGAGCUGUCUUUAUAAAAAAAAAUUCUUGAAGAAAGAAAAAUCCAUUUAUAUUUGGCAGCUGAUGAAUUUAUCUUAUCAUCAUUCACACUCUGGACAAGAUG